CCAAUUUGCUUUAAUACCUUCCGCCUUCUCUCAUCUUCCCUCCAACCACACCAUCACACCAUGUCUGAACCAUCUUCCCCAUUCGAGUCGUGUGACGACCCGUCCACAUCUAGGCCUACCAUGCAUCGCAUCAAGAGCUGUCUCAAGACUUCUCCCAACCACUCCGGGUACUCCACUCCCGUAGACAGCGAAAGCAGCGAAUCGUCCAAGAAACGGGUCGUAUUCACCGAGAACUGCAUCGAAGAGGUGUACGAAGCCGACGAAUGGGACAGGACGCCCGCAGAAGUCGCCCAAAAACUCUCUUACGAUGACAUCCUCGAGCUCAAGCUGCUUCAACGGGAAUUGCCGUACGCCCAGCAGCCUUAUGAUCCGCUGUCGAGCAGACCCCACUCGGUCGUCCUCUCCCAUGUCCCCAUUACUCUGCUCCCUCUGAACCCCACCACCGUCUCCGGCUCGAACACCUCGAGUACAAGUUCGAGCUUGAACCCCAGCCCGACUCCGUCUCCUAUCCGAUCGCCCCCUCCGCCCCCUCCGGAGGUCCCUCUACCUAUCACAUUCCGCCGUCCCCAACCCCAUCAACUCCGGGACAUUCCUCCACCCCCGCCCCCGCCGAGACCUACGGCGCCGUCAGCGCCGUUCAUCGGCUCCAACCUCCCGCCGCGGCGCAACUUUACUUUCCUGCCCCUCCUCGACACCACCACCUCCGCGCCCCCCACUCCAUCGGAGAAACCACAACACUCGCCGUCUCUUAUCGAGGUGUCAACGCCCACAUCAAACGCGGACGCAGCAGCCCCAGAUCUGCACGACCACGCGUACUUCUCAGACACGGACCAGUCCGCCUCGAUGGCGUCUGACACCGAGUUCUCCACGCCGUCGCUCACGACGGCCUCGCUCGCGAGCACGAGCAGCCCGCCCCCGUCGAUGCCCGCCUCUCCCUCCCCAUCGCCUACCCACGUUCACGGGGCCUACGGGCGGGACUCGGACAUCGAAGACAGUUUCGCGCUGAACCUCGAUCUCGACGCGGACGUCGAGAGCGACAGCAAACCGUGCAUGCCACGUGGUCCUCCCCGCCUCAAGGGCCUCGGCCAAAGCGGGCUCAACGGCGCCCUGCCUACGCUGAGCUACUGCAAGCUCGAGGCUGUGCCUUCGCCUGGCCUCCCGGCGCCCUCGCCGCUCGAGCUUUCGGGCGCCGCGCCGCUUGCGUCGCUGCCGCAACAGCGCACGCCGAUGAACAGGAUGAGGCUGUCGUUCAUCCCGCUCAUGGACGUCGACAGCUCGUCUCCGUCUCCUGUGACGCCGCCGGCGGCUGCGUCGGCACCGCGUCCUGGCACUACCACCGCUUCUGGUGGCUGCUCUUCGUCGAUGGCUGUGGACGCGGAGAGUGAGAGGGGGCUGCUCCCGUCCCUCUCGAGAGCGGACCAGGGUGGACGGAGGGAUAUGUUCGUUCACUAGACACGCCCACUGGCAAUAUAUCGCUGGGAGGUUGGGGGUUAGAGCGGGGUUGUGGGCUUGCGUGGUCGAGGACCGGGCUUGAUGGGAGUUAACGGGACGGUGCGGACGUCCGCUCGUGUCUGCUCGUGUGCACCCUCGCCACUCUUCCUUUGCCCACUGCCCUGCCCUAUUCACUCGACGAUGACCGCAUCGACUCAUCUCAUAUACAGCAUGUUGCAUAUUAAUGUUUGCAUAUCAGACGUUCAGCUUAGAGCCCACGUUCUCGUCUCAUCAUCGUCUUACGCUGUUCAUCCCUUCACUUACACAAAAAUACCCCCCACCCCUCUCUUAGUAUCCCACACUUCCACACUCCACCCACACUCUACUCGCGACUCACCUCCCACACACGCCCUCCC